AAUCUAAUUCAUUGAAUCCCGAACGUUUUUUUUGAAAUUCGUGGACCGGCAUCUCCUUCGAUCUUUCGACGAGAAAGUGUGAUUUGAUUUUCCGGUAUUAUGACGGAGACACAGCAAAAAGCCAAGUGUAUUACUCUGAAAGGUUCCGCCGAAUUGGUUACACAAUACCUACUGUAUGGAGUCAAUAGUAUACUCUAUCAAAGAGGAAUAUAUCCGCCAGAGACAUUUCAACCCUCAGAACACUUUGGUCUAUUUAUCUUCACGUCUACGGAUGAAAAAAUCACGGCUUUCUUAAAUACUGUUCUUGGACAAAUUCAAGAAUGGCUCAUUCAGCGCAAAGUACACAAGAUCACGCUUGUUAUAACGAAUGUCAAUACAAAGGAGGUGCUGGAAAAGUGGGAUUUUAAAGUCGAUUAUGAAGAUCAGAAAACUAAUAGUAUCAAUAGCAACAUCAAGGCUGAUUUGCCUGAAGAGACAAAGGAUGUAAAAAUUAUUCAGAAGGAAAUACGUGAAGUGAUACGUCAAAUCACAGGCACAGUAAGUUUUCUGCCACUCUUGGAUUGCCUGUGCUCCUUUGACAUACUUACGCACACAGUACCUGACUGCGAUAUCCCUAAUCAAUGGGACGAGACUCAGCCAGUUUUUAUCGCAAAUAGUCAAGAGGUACAACUUAGAUCAUUUUCAACUUCUAUACAUAAAAUGGAAACUAUAGUUAGUUACAAAAAUACAUGAGUCCACUUCUUUAUUUUUUUAUAUGCAACAAUUGUAAAUACAAAUUCCAUUUUAUGUCCUGUAUUAAGCAUUACUUACCAAAGACUGCUUUUAUUAAUUGCUGUUAAAUAUGAUUUGAUUAUUAAUGAUUGAUUCAAAGUAAGAAUCACAUAACAAUACAGUAAUACUUUUCUAUAUUUGUAGUAAUUUAACAUAUCAAUUAUAUUCUCAACAUAUUUUUCACAAAUAUUUUUUAAUCAAACAUUUUUUAAACAUUUAGAAUAUUGAAAGGAAUAACAUUAUAUUUUAAUAAAUAUU